AUGCAGAGCAUGGCCAAACAUGGUUUCGAGCAGAACUUUACGGUGAAGUGGCCAGAUGGUGAAGUGCCGGAGAAGAUAAAGAAGAUUGCCGGAUGGAAGCGUGCCAUGAAGGACUUUAUGAACCAAGACCCCAAGCUGAAUGAUCUGGUGGCUUUGUUCACACAGAAGUUCGUGCAGCUUGGCCAGAGCAAGAAUUUCACGCUGAGCACCUUGAUGGACAUGGCUUGGACGGUUUUGAUCCUGACCUGGGAGGCUGUCGUCAACGAAAAGCUGCCGGUCAUGGAUGAGGUGGAGCGAGGCUUCAAGGAAAAGUAUGAGGAUCUGAUGAAGACCUUGAUGGAAGUUCGCAGGCAGUACCUUGCUGAAGUCGCAGAGCUUCGGGACCGCAUCCGCAGCGGCACGCUAAGCAGCUCAAUGCAGGCGGCCCUUGCAGAGAUUUCGGAUGAGGGGGACGGCGGCGACCACAGCAUUUACCGUUUCCAGCCGGAGAUAGCCUUGGACCCGAUGACGCAGGAGUACUUCAAGGUGGCUGCUGGUACCUUUAGCACCAGCUUCAGUAGGUUGCUAAAGAUUAUGGAUCCCUUUGUGGACUUUCUGACGACAAUGAGUGUCUUGUUGCUGAAGCUUUGGGAGAGCGUCUUGGAAAGACAUUGCGCCAUUGGGGAUCCUCCUGAGAUCCCCUUCUUCCUCACAAAGAAAGGUGCGGCGGCAGCUGGGGAGACAAUACAGCUGCUGAUGAACCAGCUGACGGAUGCCCAGACAGAGUUAGAGAAGCUGAGAGAGCAGCUGGAGGAUGCUCUGUUGCAAGCGAAGCUGAGCGAGGGCAUCGACAAGCGCCCACCGCCGCCGAGGACCUAG